CGGAGAGGGACGGACCCUGGAUUGCGUUGUCAGUGACAGCCUCUCUCUCUCUUGCUCUCUCUCUCUCUUCGCUCUCCCGUGUGCUCUGUGUGGAGUCUCCGCAGAGCCCGGCUCGCACCGCCCGGCGACGAGAAGUCGGAGGCACGGCGAGACGUCGCCUCGCGGGACGAUUCGCCGACUCGCUUGCAAGACGCACGCGGCACGGCGUAUUUACCGGCGCAACUUGUUCCUUAGAGUUGAAGCUGCUGCGGCUGCUGUUGUAGUAGUAGUACGCAUUUGACCGAACGACGAUGAGUGUCGUCUAACGCGAAGAUGAUGCUGGACACACCUGCGCUGGGAAAUCAACGAAGCGUGGACUGGAGCAGCCGAGGCGGCAUGGCCACCGACUGCCGGGAAGUGACUUAUCGAGUGUGACUCCUUCGACACACCUGGGCGACACAGGUGUGGUGGCCGUGUCACUCCUGCGGUAGAAGCAGCAGCAGCAGCCAGGUACAGGUGAGGCACGCGGGGAUACACGUACCGCACCCGAUACACGUACCGAGCACCUGAUGGCAAGGUGAGCGCAUCAGGACCGGUCUCCCGCCCGUACGUGGACCAUCGACGUAGCGAAGGGACAGGAAGACACGCGCAGGCACGACUCAAGUCUGCUACUGGCCCACCGCCGCCGUCACUGUCAUCGACGACAGAAGCAGCGGCACGAACGCCCAGGGCUUUAACAACAACAGCAGCAGCAGCGACAACAAACUCGGUGGAGUCGCUGACCGAUUGUCGGCUGGCAUCGCGCACACGCGAGAGCGCACCCCGUGUCACCACCACCACCAUCAUCACCGCCGCCACCACCAUCCCGGGCUCUUAGUCACUCACACCAGAGCCACCAUCACCACCGCCGCCACCACCGUCAUCAUCCCAAACUCACACCCGCUCACACCUGUGCCUACAUCACCACCACCGCUACCACCACCAUCAUUACCGUCACAAUAGGCUCCUAGUCACCCGCGCCUGUGCCAUCAUCAUCGUCAUCCUCGUGAUCUCGACCAACCCAACUCAAAUCAAGAUUCAACUCUGCGAGGCCGCCGCCACGAUGGCGCAUGGCUCGCUUCGCGGCGCGCCGCGGUGGCUCUGCGUGGCCGUGGUGGCCGCGUGCUGCCUGGCCAGGUGGCCCCUCCGAGCCUCGUGCAAGGAGCUGGUGUGCCAGGAGAUCUCCGUGCCCAUGUGCAAGGGCAUCGGCUACAACCAGACGUACAUGCCCAACGCGUUUAACCACGACUCGCAGGACGAGGCCGGCCUCGAGGUGCACCAGUUCUGGCCGCUCGUGGAAAUCCACUGCUCGCCCGACCUGCUCUUCUUCCUGUGCAGCAUGUACACUCCGAUCUGCCUGCACGACUACAGGAAGCCGCUGCCGCCUUGUCGCGCGGUGUGCGACAGGGCCAAGGCCGGCUGCGCGCCGCUCAUGCGCCAGUACGGAUUCGCGUGGCCCGACCGCAUGAACUGCGACCGCCUGCCCGCGCAAGGCGACUCCUCCAACCUGUGCAUGGACGACAACCGCACCGAGCAAGGCGCCGGCGGCUCGAGCACCACCACCACCACCACCAGGAGGCCGCUGGCGGUGAAGCCGACGCCGCAGCCCAGGGGCGCCAAGACGAUCCGCGGGGAGCAGCGCUGCGACCGCGGCUGCUCCUGCAAGGCUCCGAUGGUGCCCAUCACGAGCGAGCGACACCCGCUGCACAACAAGGCUCGCGUCGGCAUGGUGGUGCCCAACUGCGCCAUGCCGUGCCACAGCCCCUACUUCAGCGCCGAGGAGAUGACAUUCGCAUCGCUGUGGAUCGGCCUCUGGUCGGUGGCGUGCUUCUUCGCGAGUCUCACCACGGUGCUUACCUUCAUGAUCGACGUGAGCCGCUUCCAGUACCCGGAGCGGCCCAUCGUGCUCAUCUCGUCGUGCUACCUCUUCGUGUCGCUGGGCUACAUCGUGCGUCUCGUGGCGGGACACGACGGCGUGGCGUGCAGCCGCGAGCCCGAGCGGCGCCACGUGCUCUACGAGACCACGGGGCCCGCGCUCUGCACCACUGUCUUCCUGCUCACGUACUUCUUCAGCAUGGCCAGCUCCAUCUGGUGGGUCAUCCUCUCCUUCACGUGGUUCCUGGCUGCCGGCCUCAAGUGGGGCAGCGAGGCCAUCGCCUCCUACUCGCAGUACUUCCACAUGGCUGCCUGGCUUCUGCCCAGCGUCAAGUCCAUCGCCAUCCUCGCCAUGAGCUCCGUGGACGGAGACCCCGUGGCCGGCAUCUGCUCGGUGGGCAACCAGAGCUUGGACACGCUCCGUGGAUUCGUGCUCGCCCCGAUGGUGGUCUACCUCCUCAUCGGCGUCAUGUUCAUCAUGGCCGGAUUCGUGUCGCUGUUCCGCAUCAGGAGCGUCAUCAAGCAGGGUGGCAAGAAGACGGACAAGCUGGACAAGUUGAUGCUGCGCAUCGGCGUGGUCACAGUGCUCUACACGCUGCCGGCCGCCGUGCUGGUGGGCUGCUACUUCUACGAGCAGCACCACCGCGAGGCGUGGGAGAGGGCCCACAACUGCGACUGCGUGCCCGAGGCGCAGCGAGAGCGGCCCGCCUUCGCCGUCUUCAUGCUCAAGUACUUCAUGUGCCUGGUGGCAGGCAUCACGUCGGGCGUGUGGAUCUGGUCGGCCAAGACGCUCGACUCGUGGAAGCGGCUCUGCUCUCGCUGCUGCUCGCGAGGCAGGAGCAAGCGAGGUGGCGGCGGUGGUACCGCUGGGGCUGUCGGUGGUGGUGGUGCCGCUGCCGCAGCAGCAGCCACCACCACCACCACUUCCACGGUCACCGCCGCCUCGUCCGGUGGUGGCCCCGCGGCGUUACGCGGCGUCACCACCACGCACGUGCCGCAAAGCCAACCGCUCAUGCAUCACCACCAUCACCACCAUCACCAGCAGCAACAGCAGCAGCAACAACAACAACAACAGCAGCAACAACAGCAGCAACAACAGCAGCAUCUCCACUACCCACUGCAGAUGCAGGGAAGUGGACAGCAGACCCUGAUGUCUAGCGCGCACCUGCACCAUCAACAUCACCACCACCAGCAGCAGCAUCAGCAGCAUCAGCAGCAGCAGCUGCAUCAGCAGCAGCAUUCGUCAGCAACAAGCUCUGCCGCCAGUUCGGUGCGGCACGCGUUGUUCCCGGAGCGGGGAGUGAGUGGAAGGACUGCGAUGGGGCACGUGGGGAUGCCCCAUCCUCUACAGGUGCGUCUGGCACACGUGUGACCCGUCUACCUGGGACUGUCUGGGUUCAAACCGGGAUACGAGUCUACCUGGAAUUCCAGUCUACCUGGGUCUGUCCGAGAUGCGAGUCUACCUGGGUUAAUCUGUACAAUACGUUUACUUGAGACUUUGAUCGACCUUGGGCAUACCCGUAGCACGAGUCUACACGCAACUGCAUUCUACCUGGAACCAGUGUAUUUGUAAUUCUCCGAGAUACGAGUCUGCGUGGAAUUCAGUGGACCUGGGGAAUACGGUCUACCUGGACGGCGAUUCUACGUGUGUCUACCUGGGGACUCAAAUAGACGUGGAAGACGAGUCUUCCUGGAGACAACCUGGGCGAUAUCUGUCCACCGCAGUAAGUGGUCGUCAGUACACGAGUCCAAGACGUUGGAUGAUGCACGCAAAAGCAGUGCGAGCCGAGGGGAGCGGGUAGGCAGAGAGUGGAGUGGUGGUGGUGGUGGUGGCUAACUGAAUGUAGUGCUACACCAUGAACGGACCAUGACAAUGACUAACCCCACAGCGGGGCCACUGCGUGACAGCGAGAGAACCCCCCCCCCCCCCUAACUCUACGGAUACUUUGUCCGGGCUUACACAGGAGGCUAAGCACGUGUGUGUACAUAUAAUUAUUAUACAGAACCGUGGCCCUACGAGCGCCCUUGUAUAAGCUAUAUAUAUUAUAUAUAUAUAAAGAUGUAAAGUUUAUCGCGCGUGAGAUGACGUUCUCUAAUUAAUAUAUUGGUAAUGUAAAUACGAGGCUGCGUGUUGAUAACGCGACGUGCACUACUCAAGACUGCGGCGUUCAUCUGCCCCUGUCAUCGAGGCUAAAGCAGAAGAGGGGUUUUGAAAUGAGGAUGAUCUUCUCAGCAGCUGGGCAUACACAAUUACAAACUGUGUCCGUUUUGUUUUUACAAUUGUUAAAAGAUCAUUAAGAUAUCGUUGACGCAUUUAUGGCAGUCGGACACAUAAUGCUUACGCAGCCCGUGCACUCUUUGACUUUAGUGGUCUUGUGAAAUGAGCCAUGUUCCUGUGUUGUGUCGCCUGAUAUUAAACUAUCGUCGUCGUCAUCAUCAUAAAUGAACACGCGAGCUACGUUGCAUACAAUUUUGAUGACGACGAUUGAUGUACAUUGUGUUAAAUUCAUGACCAUCAUCAUCAUCAUCGCCCCCACGACUGUGACGAUCGUUUAUUUUGUAAUGCAUCAUCGUUAAGUCGUUGCUGCUUGAUUGGAAACGUCUCGUCGCCAGCAUCGUCUCUGACACGCGACAUUCGUUGCACGCAAAGUCGACGGUGACGGGGGGAGAUGAUCCUGGUCGCGUUCGGCGCCACGAUAAUACGACGAACUUAAUGACGAUGAGUUGUCAUUCAUAAUGGCCACGAUUAUCUUUAAUUCGACAAAUGAUCACCUGCAUUGCGGCGUUGUGAUGAUGAUAAAGCCAGUAAUGCGUAACAUAAAUCCUCAUUGCCAUCAAUUCGACACGCGCUUUAUGCUGCAUACAAGUUAAAUUAUGAUGAUGAUGCUGAUAACGAUGAAGAAUUCAACACGAAUUAAUAAAUAAGUAUGUUAGUGACUGCAUCAAGUGCCACUGUGGAACUAAUUAUACAGGUAGUCUAUGAACUGGAUUCGUUCCUUCUUUACAUAAAGCACUUUGAGUCGUUGACUUAUGACACCGCGAGUUUCUCAUCCGUUUACGCACGCACACAACGCACUUGGGCUCGCGCCGUCAGCGAGCACCUAUUAAGGGCCGGGUCACGGCGCACGG